GAGGGGCCUGCCGACAGCAGUUGCGCCAGGCAUCAUGAGGCAUCAGCAAGCUUGGCCGCCGAGAGGGAAGAAGUCUCCAUUCAUUCCUGUUGAGCAGGCUGCCCGGGGAAGAUAUGCACGCAGCAGAAGCAACGCAUUCCACAACCAAGACGGGUGAAUACCGCCAUCCGUGGGUUGACAACAAAUGGGAAAGACAUUCAGAGACUGACGGGAGACAGUAACUUGGAGUGUGUCAUCCUAAAUGGCAAAGGGGACUCGGCCACACUUGAAGGAGGCAGUGAUGUCCCUGUUAUCACAUUGCUCCCCCUUCAGAAGCUUCUUGUUAGAAGUCAGUAGGCCAGCUCGGGCCCCUGUGAGGCUUCAAAGCUGAGGGGUAAAGGAGAAGAAAAACAAGGACAAGUGAGCAACAGACCAGAGGGGAAAAAAAAGACCACGGCAGGCCCCCAUGCAGGCGCGUAAGAAAUAUGUUCUGCUGGGCUUGUGUACGUUCUGCUGGCUGGUUCUCUUUUACUUCGGUAGGGGAGUCCAACUACCUGUACGUUUGCUCCGCAUACUGACAGGCCAGCAGGGUGAAGUAGUGCGACUCUGGCCCAACUGGACUGACCGGGCCUUCCUGCCCUGCUAUGCGCACCUGAAUGAGCUCCAGACAGACCCCGGGACAUCUGAGUCGCCCCGCCAGCGGCGACAUGCCUGGUCUGUUAUUUAUAAGGACAGCCACUGCCGCAUGGAAACUUGUUUUGACUUUUCGCGGUGUCGGUAUAGAGGAAGAGAAGGGUUCAGGGUGUAUGUAUAUCCCUCGGAGAAAAACGAUCAUGUCUCCGAAAGUUACAAGAAGAUCUUGACAUCUAUAGCUGAGUCACGAUACUACACGUCAGAUCCGCGUGAAGCAUGUUUGUAUGUGCUUGGGAUAGACACCCUGGACAGAGACCAGCUGUCAGGACAGUUCGUGCCCAAUGUGGAUGAACGGAUUCGGGGUUACCCUCUUUGGAAUGAUGGGCGCAAUCACCUGAUCUUCAACCUUUACUCGGGCACAUGGCCCAACUACACAGAGGACCUAGGUUUCAACAUAGGUCAGGCCAUCUUGGCCAGGGCCAGCCUCAAUACCGAACAUUUCAGGCCGGGUUUUGACAUCUCCAUCCCACUCUUUUCGAAGGACCACCCGCAGAAGGGUGGUGAACGAGGCUGGUUGGUCAGGAACACAACCCCGCCACGGAGGAAGUACCUGCUGAUGUUCAAAGGGAAGCGUUAUCUGACGGGCAUCGGGUCAGAUACACGAAAUGCGCUCCAUCACAUCCAUAAUGGGAAAGACAUUGUCUCACUGACAACAUGCCGUCACGGGAAGGACUGGGAAAAGCAUAAAGAUGCCCGUUGUGACCAUGACAACAUGGAAUAUGAGAGGUUUGAUUACCAGGAGCUGCUCCACAAUUCCACCUUCUGUUUGGUGCCUAGAGGUCGACGCCUGGGCUCCUUCCGCUUCCUUGAGUCCUUGCAGGCGGCGUGUAUACCAGUGUUGCUGAGCAACGGUUGGGAGCUGCCAUUUUCAGACGUCAUACAAUGGAACCAGGCUGUCAUCGAAGGGGAUGAGAGGCUACUGUUACAGGUGCCGUCCACAGUGAGGGCAGUCGGCAAUGAGCGAGUCUUGGCUCUCAGACAGAGGACCCAGAUCUUGUGGGAAGCCUACUUUUCUUCUGUGGACAAGAUAGUCCUCACCACACUAGAGAUUAUUAAGGAUCGUGUAUUUUCUCACAUAUCAAGGAACAAAUACAUGUGGAACUCCUUACCGGGAGGUCUACUUGUCCUGCCAGAAUAUUCCACUCACCUUGCACAUUUCCCUUUCUACUACUUGGGAUUAGGCAUUAGUCCAAAUCAGGAGUUCACUGCUCUCAUCCACGCCGUCUCUCCGUUGGUUUCCCAGUCUCAGCCGAUUAUGAAAUUGCUUCAGGUGGUCUCCAAGUCAAAAUUUUGCUCACAAAUCAUCAUCCUCUGGAACAGUGAGAAAGCGCCACCCAGCCGCAGCAAAUGGCCCCCCAUGCCAGUCCCCCUCACUGUGACAGACGGCAAGAGGAAGACCACCAGCCGGUUCCUGCCUCAUGUUGCUAUAGAAACCGAUGCCGUGCUGAGUCUGGAUGAGGAUACGGUCCUGUUGACGAGUGAGGUGAACUUUGCCUUCCUGGUGUGGCGGAGCUUUCCUGACCGGAUUGUGGGGUACCCACCUCGGAGCCACUUUUGGGAUCCUUUAAAGCACGCCUGGGGCUACACUUCCAAAUGGACCAAUGACUAUUCCAUAGUCCUGACAGGGGCUGCCUUCUACCACAGGUACUACCACUACCUGUUUUCACACUACCUGCCGCAGUCUUUGAGGACUCUGGUGGAUCAUAAGUCCAACUGUGAGGACAUCCUGAUGAACUUCCUGGUUUCUGCUGUCACCCACUUGCCGCCCAUCAAAGUGGCUCAAAGGAAGCAGUACAAGGAGUUGCCCGGCCCGCAGGCCACAAAGAAUGUCCCCUGGGCCAACCCGGAGCAUUUCAACCAGCGCCAGGAGUGUGUCAACAUCUUCGCCAACUGGUUUGGCUUCAUGCCUCUGGUUCACUCUCAGUUUCGACUGGAUCCCAUGCUCUUUAAAGAUCAAGUGUCCGUCCUCCGCAAGAAGUAUAAAGACCUGGAGAGGGCAUGAUGUGGCUGAGCCGAUAGUUAGUCUGGAAGCGGAACAUCAUGAUAGCAGGAUGGUCGGCUGACAUGUUGACAAAGGGACUCAAAAACUGUCAUGUGGACACACACUGUGGCUCAAUAUAGAAAGUCCGGUUAUGUGCAAAGUGAACUGUAGCCCUUCAGUCGUGAGAAUAGACGGGCUUCUGAUCGAAGGACAGUCUUCAUUGGAAAGCUGCGAGCGCUGUUGUUGUGAAUAUAUGGGAAUACCAACACCAUCCAAGGAAGGUAAUACCAGUGCCAUGUUCUCGGACUAUUCUUGUCUCAGUAUUACUGAGCGGGGACAGUUGCCAAGGAAAACAAAUAAAACCAUUUGUAA